AGGAGGGAGGGGAGUGCGUGUGUGAGAGCGCGCGAGGGAGUGUGAGUGUGUGUGAUCGCGGGUGUGAGGCGGUGCGCAGGGGCGGGCGGAGGCGCUGUCCGGCCCCGGCCAGGCGCCGGGCGGGGAGCAUGGGAAGGGACUAGAGCUGCCCGGACCCCCAGCCCCCUCCCCGGGAUCCGCGCCCGCCCUCCCGGGAGAGGGGCCGGGCCCCCCGGGCGGACAUGGGCUCCUGAAGUUACGCCGCCGCUGGUCUGGGGAAGAGGCCUGACAGGUGAUUAAAUGUGUAUCUUGUGGACCUGGGCUUGGCUGGAAUGCUCAAGGGUCCUGAAGAUCCUCCUAUAGCUUCCUUCAGUUGAACACUUUAAGAGAAGAUGGCAAAAGUCAACAUAACUAGAGACCUCAUCUGUAGGCAGAUCAAGGAACGGGGUGCCCUGAGCUUUGAGCGGUGCUACCACGUCACUGACCCCUUUAUCCGGCGGCUGGGCCUCGAAGCAGAGCUGCAGGGUCACUCAGGAUGCGUGAACUGCCUGGAAUGGAAUGAGAAAGGAGACUUGCUGGCCUCCGGUUCUGACGACCAGCACACGAUUGUGUGGGACCCGCUGCACCACAAGAAGCUGCUCUCCAUGCACACAGGACAUACUGCAAAUAUUUUCUCUGUCAAGUUCCUGCCUCACGCUGGGGACCGCAUCUUAAUCACGGGUGCCGCUGACUCCAAGGUGCAUGUCCAUGACCUGACAGUAAAGGAAACAAUCCAUAUGUUUGGAGACCACACAAACCGGGUGAAACGCAUCGCUACGGCACCCAUGUGGCCCAACACGUUCUGGAGUGCAGCUGAGGAUGGGCUUAUCCGCCAGUAUGACCUUCGAGAGAACAGCAAACAUUCAGAGGUGCUGAUUGACCUGACAGAGUACUGCGGCCAGCUGGUAGAGGCCAAGUGCCUCACGGUCAACCCCCAGGACAACAACUGCCUGGCGGUAGGAGCCAGUGGGCCCUUCGUGAGGCUCUACGACAUCCGCAUGAUCCAUAACCACAGAAAGAGCAUGAAGCAGAGCCCUUCAGCAAGUGUGCACACCUUCUGUGACCGGCAGAAGCCCCUUCCGGAUGGUGCAGCCCAGUAUUACGUCGCAGGUCACCUGCCAGUGAAACUGCCUGACUACAACAACCGUCUGAGAGUGCUGGUCGCCACCUACGUGACCUUCAGCCCCAAUGGCACAGAGCUGCUGGUCAACAUGGGAGGGGAGCAGGUCUAUUUGUUUGACCUGACGUACAAGCAGCGGCCGUACACCUUCCUCUUGCCUAGAAAAUGCCAUUCCUCAGGGGAAGUCCAGAAUGGCAAGAUGUCCACCAACGGCGUGUCCAACGGCGUGUCCAAUGGCCUGCACCUUCACAGCAAUGGCUUCCGGCUGCCAGAGAGUAGGGGGCACAUCAGUCCCCAGAUGGAGCUGCCCCCGUAUCUGGAGCGUGUGAAACAGCAGGCCAAUGAGGCUUUUGCCUGCCAGCAAUGGACCCAGGCCAUCCAGCUCUACAGCAAGGCUGUGCAGAGCGCCCCUCACAACGCCAUGCUCUACGGGAACCGGGCUGCUGCCUACAUGAAACGAAAGUGGGACGGUGACCACUACGAUGCCCUGAGGGACUGCCUCAAGGCCAUCUCCCUAAACCCGUGCCACCUGAAGGCACACUUCCGCCUGGCCCGCUGCCUCUUUGAGCUCAAGUACGUGGCUGAGGCCCUGGAAUGCCUGGAUGACUUCAAAGGGAAGUUCCCGGAGCAGGCCCACAGCAGCGCUUGCGAUGCAUUAGGCCGCGACAUCACAGCCGCCCUCUUCUCCAAAAAUGAAGGUGAGGAGAAGAAGGGAGCCGGUGGUGGCAGCGGCCCAGUCCGCCUUCGCAGCACAAGCCGCAAGGACUCUAUCUCAGAGGAUGAGAUGGUGCUGCGGGAGCGAAGCUACGAUUACCAGUUCCGCUACUGUGGCCACUGCAAUACCACCACAGACAUCAAGGAAGCCAAUUUCUUUGGCAGCAACGCUCAAUACAUCGUCAGCGGCUCUGACGAUGGCUCCUUCUUCAUCUGGGAAAAGGAGACCACCAACCUUGUCCGCGUGCUCCAGGGAGACGAGUCCAUUGUCAACUGCCUGCAGCCACAUCCCAGCUACUGCUUCCUGGCCACCAGUGGCAUCGACCCUGUUGUGCGGCUCUGGAACCCCCGGCCAGAGAGUGAAGACCUCACGGGCCGUGUCGUGGAGGACAUGGAUGGCGCGUCUCAGGCCAACCAGCGGCGCAUGAACGCGGACCCGCUGGAGGUGAUGCUGCUCAACAUGGGCUACCGGAUCACAGGCCUGAGCAGCGGGGGCGCUGGGGCCUCCGACGAUGAGGACAGCUCCGAGGGGCAGGUGCAGUGCCGGCCCAGCUAGACCCUCCCACCCCAUCCCCGGCCCCUGCGACUGGCUAGACCCUCCGGCCUGGGCAGGAGGUCGGUGGGUUCUGUUUUGGUUUGUCUUCCUCACCCCACCCCCCCCAUUUAUUCAUUUCCCGUUUUGUUAGUUUGGCAUUGGGGUGGGAGUUGCUACAACUUGCUGGCUUUCAGACUCUUGGGCUGAUGCCCCUUGACUGUCCCCAGCCCUGAGCAGAAGGGCAGGAUGGCCCCCACCUCCUGCUUCCAUGUCCCUGGAGGGCACAGCCUGCCUCAGAACCCCGCCGCCUCCGGAUGAGGAGGCAAGGGCUGACGCCCUCAAGAACUGCCCUGCCCUUCAGUUGGUAACGGGAAGAGGAGUAGAAUUCCCGGUCGGUAAGGGCUAGCCUUGGCCUGCUGCCACUCUUCCUCCCUGGCCCACAAGUCUAGCUUCCUCGUGGUCUUCCGGGAAGGUUCUAAAAAGGGAUGGGGUCCCGCCCACCCUCCAGAGCCACCAGUGCAGGGAGACAGCAGAAGGCAGAGGGCAAGGCCAGGCCACCAGCCCUGGUCUCAGCAGAGCACCCUUGCCCUCCUCCGGGCACUGGCUCUGGGCCCUGCGCCUGCCCUCACCUGGGGGCCCAGCCUUUCCCCAGGGCCCUGGCAGAGGGUGGGGCACUGCACCAUUCCCCGCCCGCCCAUGCCAGCCCUUCCGCACUACGGCCACCCUCCUCGGGCGCUCCUCCGCCUCACUGUGACCUUUCUGCCAGAGCUCCCAGCCAGGCCUCCUCCCAGCUAAGGGCCCUCCCUGCCCUGCCCUGCCCAGUCUGCCCUCCUCCCACCCCUCCUGCUGAGCCGCCACAAAGACCAAAGAAGUGAUGGCUUUUCUCUGUCCCCUGCUGCUCUGGGGGGAGGGGGUGGGUCUCCAGAGCCACUCAGAUGGGAAAGUCCCUCCCCAGCAGCCCCAAGCUUUACACUGGAUGCAGCAGUCACCCCACCACUCACCAAGCCUCCCUUUUCCUCUGUGGCCUUGGCUCUUGGCUCUGGAGCUGCUCCUGGUGGUUGGCUCAUCCCCCCUCCCCUUCCCCCUCAAUGCUUACUUGGCUUCAGCCCUCCAGCUGCAGCCUCUGGGGAGAAACAGCCUCCCCCCCCAACGCCACCCAUCCUCCCUCCCUCAGCCCCUGUCUCUGCCAGGUGCCUCCUCUCAGUCAGGCUUCAGAGCUGCCCUGGAGACAGGAGGGCCAUGUUAAAAGCUUUUUCACAGUUUUAAGAAGACAGGGGAGGGGGAGGAAGUGAGGGUAGUGGUGGGGGGUCUGGCACCAUCUCGUUAUUGCUUUAAUCUCAGCAACACAACACAGGUGGCAGCUUCUCCCCCUUCCUCCCCACUCCAGUCCUCUUCCCACCCCUCUCUUCCCGCUUGGUAAAGUAUAUUUAUUGGUGAAGGAAACAGCUGCUGCUGCUGCUUCUGCUGCUGGGACUUGCUCCCCUGUCUCUUCUCCAUGACCUUUCUCUAGCCAGGGAGGGGAAAGCGGGAGUAGUGGGGUCCAAGGACCAGCUGGGGCCCCUUAGCUUUCCUGUGUAUGAGCCACCUGCCAUUUCCUCUCUCCCUUCCUCCCUCCCUGCCUCCUGCCCGCUGCCCUGCCUGGGCCCUGCAGUGUGGAGAGACACAUAAGCCUUACUGUCCUCUGGGGGCAGGAGCCGAGCCUUUUUGUUGCUCCGCUCCCAGGAGAGUGAGGGUGACGCAAUUGAUUAAAACCAUUUUGUUCUA